GGCUGGGGGAGGGCUCGGCACUAAGGACCAGGCCUCAAAAUGGCCACACGCGUACCCCCUUAGCGGCAAAACGUGAGCAUUCUGGCCUUUUUCUAGGGGCAGGCAACCUGCAACCUCCCACGGAAUCCCCAUCCAGUUCCUCCCUCUUUUGCCCGCUCGCAGAAGAGGUUUCGCUCCUUUUCCCUCGGUUUCUUUCGAUGGGGGGCAUUUUCCACCGACGCCCUUGAGCUCGCCGCCGCCGCCCCUCCCGCCUCGGAGACUCUCUUCCUUCCUUCCCCUUUUCCUUACGCAAUAUACAGAAAUGCGCGAGGCGGUGGUUGGUUUUCAUUUCUCCUUAGUGGUUGUGUGCAUGCGGUGGGAUUGUGAGAGGGAGUGUGUGAGCUGUGGGCAGUGUUGACUUCUUCUGAGUGUGGUCUUCUAGGCGAUAGGUUGUGUGUCCAAGUGUAAUGGUGUUUGCCCUCUUUAGGGUGUAGAUUUGAGUUCUCCGAGGCCCUUCUGCGUUUUCAUCGUUGUAUAUAAUUACGCUCGUUUGCCUUCUCGACAUGUGUGCGGGGUUGCUUGGCCUUUGCGAUUGUGUUUGUAUGGUCUCGUUGUGUCGGGCGUGUGUGAGCCUGACUGCGUUGGGUUGUGCGUCCCUGAGCGAUUGCGUUUGAUCGAUUUCGUUGUGUCGUGCUGGACAAUGUGUGGGCCUGACCGAGUCGGCUUGUGGGGCAGUGUUGCGUUGUGCUUACUUCGCUUCCCUUCUAUGGGGCUGGACCGCGUGUGGCCCUGUCCGCACCGGGGUGUGUGCCUGUGUGCUGGUGUCCUUUGGAAGUGCGUUUGUAAAUCGCUGGGGGGUGGAGGGGAGGGCGAGCGAGCGAGAGAUGGAUGCGCGAGUUGAGGAGGCGGCAUGGGGGCGGGGAGAGGGAUUUCACGUUUUAUUCCAAAUUAUGAUGUAUUCGGAAGCCAGCGUUGGCUUGGAUGAGCAGCCCUGCUCUGUCCAGAGGCCACUCUGUGCCUCGGUGUUGGAGGGGUUGUUAGUGAGUGGGAGGCUCUUCCAGGCUGGAAGCUGAGCAGCGCUCGCGGAGGCCAGCGCCUUCAGGCCGGUAGCCGCCGGCUUCGGUUCUCGCCGCAUUCAGGCUUCGUCCAUUUCUGACCGCCCAGGACCACACCGCGGCCUAACUGCCGGUCUCUCAGUGAGAGAGGGGGAAAGCAAAGACCCCUUCCACAACCUGGACCUCGGCUCCUGCCCCUCUCCCGCCGGAGGAGGAGUGGAGAUCCUAUUCAGAGGGGCCGCUCUCUCUAAAUAUGCCCCAGGAUGACGGAGCGGCCGCCGAGCGAGGCGGCACGCAGUGACCCCCCGCUAGACGGACGGGACGCGGCCGAGGCCCGCAUGGCCCCCCCGCACCUGGUCCUGCUGAACGGCGUCGCCAAGGAGACGAGCCGCGCGGCCCCGGCGGAGACCCCGGUCAUCGAGCUGGGCGCGCGCGGCGGCGGCCCGCGGGGCGGCCCCGCCGGUGGGGGCGGCGCCGCGCGAGACUUAAAGGGCCGCGACGCGGCGGCUGCCGAAGCGCGCCAUCGGGUACCCACCACCGAGCUGUGCAGACCUCCUGGGCCCGCGCCCGCCUCGGUCCCCGCAGAGCUGCCCGGCGACGGCCGCAUGGUGCAGUUGAGCCCGCCCGCGCUGGCGGCCCCGGCCGCCACCGGCCGCGCGCUGCUCUACAGCCUCAGCCAGCCGCUGGCUUCUCUCGGCAGUGGGUUCUUUGGGGAGCCAGAUGCCUUCCCUAUGUUUGCCACCAACAACCGAGUGAAGAGGAGACCCUCCCCUUAUGAGAUGGAGAUUACUGAUGGUCCCCACACCAAAGUCGUGCGGCGCAUCUUCACCAACAGCCGGGAGCGAUGGCGGCAGCAGAAUGUGAACGGGGCCUUCGCUGAGCUCCGCAAGCUGAUCCCCACGCAUCCCCCAGACAAGAAGCUCAGCAAGAAUGAGAUCCUCCGCCUGGCCAUGAAGUACAUCAACUUCCUGGCCAAGCUGCUCAAUGACCAGGAGGAGGAGGGCAGCCAGCGGGCCAAACCUGGCAAGGACCCUGCGGUGGGGGCUGGUGGAGGGGGUGGUGGCGGAGGGGGCGCUGCACCUCCAGAUGACCUCCUGCAGGACGUGCUGUCCCCGAACUCCAGCUGUGGCAGCUCCCUGGACGGGGCAGCCAGCCCGGACAGCUACACGGAAGAGCCGGCACCCAAGCACACGGCCCACAGCCUCCAUCCUGCCAUGCUGCCCGCCGCGGAUGGAGCCGGCCCUCGGUGAUGGGUCUGGGGCCACCCAGGACCAGCCAGGAGGGUGCCCUCAGGCCACAGGCACCAUGGGCUUUAGGGCAGGUGGGGUGAGGAUUGGGCAGCUCUGAAGCAGGGCAUGGACUUUUGAUGAGCUUUCCUUGAUGUCUGAGCUGUGGGAAGUCCCAGCUGCCUCUGGGGCUGGCUUUCCUGUUUCCUGCCUCAGUAGGAGAACAGAAACAUGGAGCAAAGUGGUAGGUACUUUUUAUGAAGAUGGCACGGUCUUCCCCCUCUUCCAUACCCCUAAGACUUCUCCAGUGAGAGGCUGGAGCGGCGUUGCUUCCGGCCUGGCGCACGGGAGCCCUGUCUUCGCUGAGACCUGGGGUUGCCAGCUCUCUCCUGUGUCCGGCAGCCUCUGCCUCGCCUUGAGCCCCUCCCAAGCUCGCUGGGGUGGCUUUUGUGGCCACACUGUCCAAAUACACAGGUACCCAAUAGCUGCCCGUUUCUUGAGCCCCAUCUUCACCCAGGCCCCUGUUGGUCCGUCCAGCUGCAGAGAGUCACAAGCCUCGAGGUGCCUUCUUCAGGGCCUGGCUGAAGAAGACGGCCAGUGGACAGCCUGCUCUCGACUAGCUGGGCCAGAGGGUCAGAAACCCAGAAGCCCUUACUCCUUGCCCUGGGGAUCGAAGCUCUGCUCUCUCCCCACUGAGACUUGCCUUCCUCAUCCUUGUGGCUGUGGGGACUGAGUCUGCGGCUGUGAGCGUGCCCUGUGAGCUUUGUUCGAAGGCAGACAAAGGAGAAAUGAUGAGAGUGAAAUUGAGCAAGAGCUAUUUGGGGCACGUGGGCUUCAAAUCGUGGUGGUGCCUCAGAGCUACCUGCCUGCGUCCUCAGCGACACGUCGCUGUUCACGCAGGGAGCAGAUGCCAGUGUGCUGAUUGGUGUGUGUUGAUGCUGAGAGUAGACGUGCGGCCCCAUCUCGCGUUCUCCUAGCUCCUCAGAGGGGCCUCCCUGCUGCAGGAUGUCUGUUUGCUGAUGGUCUGGUCUGUGUCCUGAAACUGAAUCGACAACAAACUCUGUCCUAUGAAUUCCUGGCAUUUGGGAUUUUGCUUAACUUCAGGUAUUUGUGGGAUCUCUAGGUCUUGAUAUGACCCAGGAUCUAGCCCCACUUCUAGGGCCUGGGGAGCCCAGUGAGAGACCAGGCCCUGGCGGAGACCCAAACACAUUGACAUUCACUUAGCAGAACCUUCGGCAUUCCUGAGCGCACAAAUUUUGAUCAUCCAGGGUGUGUAUGGGAGGCUGGCGUGACGCAGUAGGAGUACUCCCCCCCAGAAGCUGUACAUGACAUUUUUGUAAAUCAAAUCCUUAUCUUCACCUUUUAAAGAAAUACUGCCACGAGUCCCUUGGUAAAGUGGAGAAUCCUUUUGUAGAGUGGACUGCUCAUUGAUCUCCUGUGUCAAUCCAGAUGGUGGGACAUGGUUUUCUUAAGGCGACGCCUGCCUGUGACCCACCUCCCAAGCCCCUGGAACAAACUGCACACAAGUCCUACAUACCUGUCAUUGUGCCCUCAGGUCACCCCAGCCGGCUCUGACCAGGCGCUGCCUUUGAGGUCAGAGGGAAAACAAUGCUCUGACUUUGCCCUGUCCAUAGCAAUGUGGAAGAACCAUCGCUGCGGCCGUCGGGAAAGGCCCUCACACCUUAUGGGCUCCAGCCUGGUGGUUCGCCUUCACCAUGGCAGGACCUUGGGGACAGCCACAUGCCCAUGGGGAAUGAUCCCUGCUCUCCUCCCCUUCCUUUUAAGUUGUGAGAGGAGAGGUCCAGUUUGUGGGUGUGGGAGCAACAUGGUUAACGCUUGUAGCACUCUCUCUGUCCCAUUUCAGCGCCGCCCCCCCCAAUCAUAUUUUGAUGAACAUUAGGAUUCGUUCCUUUCUGAUACUUGGAAGCUCCUGUGAAAAAUCCCAUCUGUCUAAAGAUGGAGCACCUGUUCUAGGUCCUAAGGCUGUGUUCGCUUCCGGUGGGUUAAUUUGACCUGGGAGUGAAAAGUGGCCACGGUGAGCAUAGGUGGAUGGGUUUUAGGAGAUGGAUCACACAUUCUUUGAGGAACUCCAGCUACUGGCUUCCUCUUCUCUCAGACUUGCAGUGUGACCUGGAAAAGUUCUCUCUCUGAAAGUCAAUUUCUCAUAAAUACGCUAGCUUGGCCUGUCUCCUAGGGCUGUGGUGUGGACUGAAUGGAAUCGUGAAAGUAGAAGCAUUUUGAGAUCGUACGGAACUCUGUCCCCCUCACUAUCAUUCCUGCAGUGGGGUUUCCCACCCUGAGUCCGGGACCGAGGCAGUGGGCCAGUCUGCCUGUCUGCAUAGCAUUUGGGUAAUUUAGGUUCUAAACCACUUUAUCCUGAGUUAUCUAGGUUAUCCUUAUCUCUCCAGAUUGACCUCAUUUCAGUCUCAUUCCAAAGCAAGGCACAGGAGGGAGACUAGAAAAGAGAGAUGGGAACAGAGGCAGAAUAUGUGAAAAGUACUACAGCUACCCGAGACAGGCCUGGGUAGGGGUGGGCAAAGCUUUGUGUCUUUGUUAAGUACUAGAAAAGAUCCAUAAUUUUCACUUUCCUUUCCAGCACCUCCCCCCACCAUACUCUUCUCCUUCCUCUGCCUCCUCUUCACCCA